AUGGGCACUGGGUAUGGGAUGGGUAGUGGGUACGGUGUGGGCAUGGACCCAUAUGGUAUGGGCGGUAUGUACGGCGGUUACGGUGGCUUCGGCAUGGGUGGGAUGUAUGGGGGCCUUGGAAUGAUGGGCAUGGGUGGGAUGGGCAUGUACGGCAUGGGCAUGACCCCCGAAGCGCAGCGUGCACAGAUGAUGAUGUUCAUGACGAGCCGCAUUAUGGAGCUGUGGGGUAUGUUUUCGCAAGUUAUGCAGAUGACGCUCGGGAGCGCCGUUCAGUUUGUUGGCGAGUAUGUCGGCAUCAAUCAGCGCAUGGGGCAGCUGGAGGAGGAGAACCUGAAUCAUGAGGAACGCUACAUGAGCCGCAAGUACGAGCUGCGCAAGGCCCUCUCCAAUAUUCCGCGUGAGCAGCGGUAUGUACCGAAGCGACUACGAGUCCGCAAGCCGAAGCAACCUUCUUUUCUCCGCAGCUUCAUCCUUCGCCUGCUUCGCCACGUCGCCCUCUUCGCAGCCGCCUACUUCCUCUCGAAACGGAUCGCGUCCUGGGCGAUGACCCGCUCCGGUGGGAAACUUCUACAAACGUCUGCGUCCGAGGCACUGGUUUCUUUGGACGCUUCCAAUAUUCGCUUCUGA